AACAGGACGGAGACCAUCCCAUGCUCAGCUGGCCCAAAGGCUGCAGACGUGAUGGGCACCUUCCCCUUCUCCUUCCUUAUCUGUUAUCUCCUGGCAGCCCUUGGCAUACAGGACAUUUUUGGAUCAGAAGAGGCGCUCCUCGAUACUGGCGUCCCAAUAUUGCACCUAAAGCCAAGGAAAGAUGGUCCAGGGCGAAUGAAGAGGGCGUGGGUCAUCCCUCCCAUCAGCGUCUCAGAGAACCACAAGAGGCUUCCCCAUCUCUUGGUGCAGAUUAAAUCAGACAAGCAGCAGCCUGGAGGGGUGAUCUAUAGCAUCAAGGGACCCGGAGUUGAUGAAGACCCCAAGGGCAUCUUCUCCAUUGAGAAGCUCAGCGGGAAAGUCUACCUCAAUACGAUGCUGGACCGAGAAAAGACUGACCGCUUUCGGCUCAAGGCCUUUGCGCUUGACCUUGGCGGAGUCCCUUUGGAAGACCCCACUGACUUGGAAAUCGUGGUCAUGGACCAGAACGACAACCGUCCGCUUUUCCAGCAAAAGGUGUUCACCGGAAAUGUGAUGGAAGGUGUUGCUCCAGGGACUUUUGUGAUGCAGGUGGAAGCGUCAGACGCCGAUGACCCCGAAACAGACAACGCAGCCCUGAAAUACUCUAUUUUGGGGCUGGGAGGAGGAGAUGUCUUCAAAAUCAAUGAGCUUUCUGGGGAAAUUCAAACAGCGGAUGUUGCUCUUGACCGGGAGAUAGUGGGAGUCUAUAACCUGACCCUCCAAGUGGCCGACAUGUCUGGAGAGGGGCUGGCCACUACGGCCACGGCGGUCAUCUAUGUGGACGACCUCAAUGAUAACCCACCUGAAUUCACCGAGGAAGAGUUCUCUAUGGAAGUUGCUGAAAACCAGCAAGGCGUGGAGGUUGGCAGAGUACUGGUCCAAGACAAGGACCUUCCUGGGUCUCCAAACUGGUUGGCCAAGUUCACCAUUUUGGAAGGGGACCCCGAAGGGGCCUUUGCCAUCCAUACUGACCCCAUCACCAACGACGGCGUCAUCUCCUUGGCGAAGGCCCUGGACUUCGAGGAACGGAACCGCUUUGACCUUCUCAUCUCCGUCCAGAACCAAAGUCCACUCGAAGUCUCAGCCCCGAAGGCCGCCAGGGCCUUGGCCACGGCGCGGGUGCAAGUGGUGGACAUCAACGAGGCCCCCUUCUUCCGCCAGAAUCCUUGGAUGGGGAGUGUGGACGAAGGCAUGCCCCCGGGCACACGGGUCACCUUCGGCCAGGCCAGUGACCCGGACACCCGGCAAGCACAGGCGCUCAGCUACUCUCAGGUCUUGGACCAAGAGGACGCCUGGUUGGAAGUGGACCCUGAGUCUGGCCUGGUCUUCACCCGCCUGAAGGUGCCCCCGCGGUCCGCGUUCCCAGGUGGCUGGCACACCAUGCGCAUCCUGGCCAGCGAUAACGGAAGCCCUCCCUUGACCGCCACGGCCACCGUCUCCAUCCAAGUGAUGGAGGUCAAUGACCACCCUCCGCUUCUGCUCCCUGUGGGUCAAGAGAUGUGCGACCAAGAUGGCGGCCUGGUCCUGGGUGCCACUGACCAAGACCUGGCACCCCAUGCCGAGCCCUUCCACUUCCGGUUCAGCCCCGGCAGCACCGCGCAACUGGCCAACAACUGGACUCUCAGCCGCCUCAAUGGCACCCAUGUGCUUCUGAGACCCCAAGGAGCAGUGUCUGAGGGUCUCCAUGUCAUCCCGCUGCUUCUCAGCGACUCGGGAAGCCCCCCGCAGGAGAGGGAGCAGCUCCUGAAUGUCUCCGUAUGCGCCUGCGACGAAUGGGGCACCUGUCGGACACGGGCGGCGGCUGUGGUGGGGGCCGUGGCAGGCCUGAGUUUCGGGGCCCUGAUGGUCAUCUUGAGCUGCACCAUCCUCCUCCUGGGACUGGUGUUACUGGUGGCCGCUCUGGAGCGUUCCCGACGAUGGAGUUUCCAGAAGAGUCUUUUGGGGGCUUCCCAGGAGGACCUGAGAGACAACAUCCUCAACUACAACGAACAGGGAGGAGGAGAAGAGGACCAGGAUGCCUAUGACCUCAACCAGCUUCGCAACCCGGACCUGUUCCCCCCGCUUUCGCCUCAUUGCAAGCCGCCCCGUCGGCGGGACGCCCCCUGUGGCUAUGCCUUGCCCCCCUUCCCCCGGCGUUUGCCCGGCUGCUGCCCCUCGGACAUCGAGGACUUCAUCAAUGAGGGUCUAGAGGCAGCUGACACGGAUCCCAGCGUCCCCCCCUACGACACGGCGCUCAUCUACGACUACGAAGGAGACGGUUCGGCCGGCGGCUCGCUCAGCUCCAUCCUCUCCAGUUUGGAGGAUGAAGACCAGGACUACGACUACCUCAACGAAUGGGGACCCCGAUUCCGGCGCCUGGCGGAGCUUUACGGUCAAUAGGGGGAACUGGAAGGGGCCGGGUGGGUG